AUUGCAAGCUAAAGGGGUUAAGGAGACGUUACUUUCGCAACGGUGUAAGGAGCCAGGACCGAGUCGUUGCUUCCUAAUAUCGAUUUAUACCCCGUUCGAAUAUAUAACCCGGGCCUGGUGAUCGGAUUAAUCAUACCGAAAGCAGCGACGGAGUCGAACGUUUCGAUACCGCUGAUCAAUUCCCAUCGAUCGCCCCACCAUGAAGUUUCGAUUGCCGAUUUGUCUGCUGCUCGUGUGCUUAGCCUGUCAGUGCUUGAUCGACGCCCGCGAGAUCCGCGAGGAUUACGAUGAUCUAGCCGUCGCGGCCUCCCAUCAUCACGAACAUCACGAGCACGGCGGCGGUGACGAACACCACUCGGAUCAUCAUCACAAGCACGGUGAUCACGGCGAUAAAGGCUACAAAUCCUCUCACCAUCACGAGAAAGGUGACAAGGGACACCACGACAAGGACGAGCACAAGGGACACUACGACGAAGAGGAAGGACACAAGAAGAGUCAUCAUCACGAAGAUGGUUAUUAUGACGAGCACCACAAAGGUGAGAAAGGAGAGAAGGGGCAUAAAUUCCACGAGGAAGGACAUUAUGGUAAAGGGCACAAAACCAAGGGACACCAUGAGGUCCAUAAGUUAGACGAGUUCAAGAAGGAUAAAGAAUUCUUCGACGAACACCAUGAUUCCGGACAUCACGAAGAUCACGGUGGCCAUCAUCACGAGCACGAGCACGAGAAGGGCGGACACUUCAAGAAGGGACAUCACGACCAUGGAGAACACGAUGAUCAUUACGGUAAAAAGGGACACCAUGAGAAAGGACAUCACCAUCACGAUCACAAGGGUCACAAGAGCGACGAUGGCCACGACGAGCAUCAUCAUCAUCAUUCUCACCACGGCAAGAAAGGAGGACACGAUGAUCACAAGUCGUGGGGCUUUAAGAAGGGUCAUUAA